UCUCUCUCCAGUUCAGCUGAAUGAAUCCACAUCAGUGGUGUGUUAGAGACUGAGAUCUGUAUCACUCACACAACAGCACAAACUACAACUCCGACAGUCUUCAAAUCCAGAGAAUAAACCCAGAAAUAUUAAACAGAAUGACGAGUUGGUUCUUAAACAGGAAAGAAGAAAGUAAGAAAGAAGAACUGAUAAGAUCUACCCAGUCCCUUCACCACUAUGUGCACAAAUACUUCGACAUCACUGAAAGACUUUUGGAGAUCCUCAAUACUCACAUGGAACAAAACGUCUUUCCUGCAGUCUUACCAAAUGAAAAUGAAAGUAUUGAACAGAACUGUGCCAGGAUUAGAGAGGUCAUGUACCAGAUCAUUGAUGUUUGUGAAAAGCAGGACAAAAAGUGUAGGAAAAGUGACUCUGUUCUUUAUGAUAAGAUUGCUUUCUCUGUGGCGUCACUGAAAGACAAAGCUAAAGUGAUAAAGGAACUGCAUGAGAACACCAUGGGUCUUUUGGGGAAUCUCCUGUGUCCUCUAGUCACUAUUUAUCUAGCAAAAAGUAAUCUAGAGAGCGUAAUGCCUCCAGUUGAACAGCUUAAAUCUCUGUCUUCUCCAUCAUUUGUUCUGGGAGAUCUAGAGCAGAGCAGUAAAAGAAUCACUAAACUUCUGUGUGGACCACAGAACCAGCAGAAGACGCUUGAUGAAGCCGUACUGUUAGUGCAAGAUCUCCUCUCUAUUCUGAGAACACCCUGUGACUCAUACAAUGCCAUUCUUAGUAGAGUGGAAGCCUAUGUCACCAUUAUAUCUGAAAGGAUCUAGGGCAGAAUUAUAAAGCAAAUUAAAGAGAGAUAGCGAUAAAAUGAAGCAGAAUGCUAGAAGUGUACUUCUAACUUGUGUUUAACUGUGUUUUUUCUGCUGUACAUGUGUUGUAUUUAUG